AUGGGUGAGUGUACUCAACCAUCUAAUUGUACAAAUACUAAUGUAGAGCUCAUGCGUACAUGUAGUCCUUUCGUUACUACCGGCGACAAUUGGAAGAUGAGAAGAUCUGAGUUGGUGCCCGCAUUGACUAUAAAUCGGAUCCGUUGCUUCUACCCUGCAAUGCGUGACAGUGCUCUGAAGGCCAUCGAAUUCCUUACAGCUGCCAACGCGCGACCUCAAAAUGCCAAAGAGCUCGCCAACCGAUUUGCCGCACAAUUCAUGUGUCAUUUCAUUUGGAGCGUAGAAGCGAAUGCCUUCUGUGAUCCAACCAAAGGUAACGCUUCCCCUGACUGGCUUUGCCCAUUGCAGCGUAUGGCCGAUGCCUUCAUCUCUCAAUCAUUUAAAUGUGUACGCUAUUUUAUACGCACUGAUAUCUGCCCAUGGCUACGUAAAUGCUGUCCAGUUCGCUUCUUUCCCGCAAUCACGGAUCGCUUCUUCCAGCAACUACUUGUCGACUCGUUAGAGGCGCGCGUCCAACAGGCCGCCCAAGGAAACAAAGUGGGACGAUAUGGGUUGCGUGGCGAUGUAGUUGAUCACUUGCAGCGGCUUGUGGAUAAAAAAUCCAUAAAAGACAUAUUGCAAAUCGCUGGACAUACAACAACAGUUUUGAUUGAUGGCUAUGAGACGGCAGCGAUGCUGGUUGCGCACUGUCUGUUAUUGCUUGCACGUAAUCCACGCGUUCAACAGAAGCUCAGGGAUGAGCUAAUCUCCGCUGACGUUGCAAACAGCUUUGACACACUUAACCGGUUGCCUUAUUUAGAUCAAUGUUUACAUGAGACGCUACGUCUGUUUCCACCGCUCCCAUCACUCUUCAAGCUCUGCACUGAAACUAUCACUUUGCAAAAUUCUGAUAAAUCCUUUUUAACUUUGCAUCCUGGCGAUGCAGUUUAUAUUUCUACUUACUCUUUCCACCGCGAUCCUGAUUACUUUGAAAAUCCUGAAUCAUUUUGGCCUGAACGCUUUGCUGAAGAGUUGGGUGGAGUGCGAAAAUAUCGAGAAAUGGGCGUUUUUAUGCCAUUUGGCGAUGGGCCUCGCAUGUGUCCAGGUAGGAAGCUCGGACUUGCUGAGGUGAAAGUCAUCGUUUCUGAGUUAAUUAAAAACUUUCUAGUGACUUGCGGCCGCAACACGCGCUCCGACAACAAGCUUGCUGCUGACUCAUUUCUUCUGAUGCUCGAUGGUGACAUUGAACUUGUAUUUGAACGGCUGCAGUGACUUCAGUCGGAAUUAUCGAUGCUAUUAUGUGCCCUCGUACGAGCAUCGUAAUUGGAAAGUAUUAUGUCAAACUUGAGCGACUCCUGUCAAGUGAUCCAUGAAUUUUGAACACUGCAGUUAAUUCUUUCAGAAAUUGGUUUAUAUUUAAGUCUGAGUGUAAUAAAAAGAACCCUGAGCAAAU